AUGUGGAAAGUACAAGAGCUCUUGCGUGAAUAUCAUAUGUUUUACUCUAUAUACAAACAGGCACAUGAAAUACUUUUACAAAAUCAAAGAAACCAACAAAGAAUAGAUCUAAAAGUUUACCUUCAUUUUAAUAAACAAACUGAUCAACGCCGUUAUAAUCUUUCAACCGCAAAUGAGAUAGCUAUUAUUCUACUAGGUAAUCCUUCAAUACCUGAAACAAUGCAACUUGGAUGGCAUCCAGAUUUGCAUCAUACUCCGAUCAAUAUGCAAGGACAAUCUCCUAAAAAUCAAAGUAAUAUACUACGUUUAACUCAAUUAGAAUUUUAUACUUUUCGACUUUUUCCACGACAUAAUGAAUUCUCUACAAUUCUUCAUGGUGGAAAACUAUUUCAAGAGUUCAUUGUUAACACAUGGGCUGUAACAGAACAAAAUAGAUUAAGAUUCUUGUGUAUGAAUCAAAAUACUCUACGCGCAGACCUAUAUCAAGGUCUUACAGAUAUAGUUGGGAAUAAUUCAAAUGAAGAAUUAUUUUUAAAUAAUCUUGGCCAUAGAAUAAUUUUUCCUUCGACUCAUACUGGAAACGAAAUCAAACAAUAUAUUGAUGCAAGAUAUAUUGGCACUGCCGAAGCAGCGUGGCGUCAUUUUGGUAUGUCUUUACAUGAAGAAGUACCAAAUGUUGUAAGACUAGCGUUACACCUCCCUGGAAUGCAUACAAUUGUAUUUGAUCCUACUGAUGAUGUAUCUACCAUCCUUUCCCAAUUUUUGCAACACUUUGUCUGGAAUAAAAAAAUUAAACAAUGGACAUCGCGAAAACAAGGAUUUGUGAUUGGUCGUUUGUACUUCACCAGUCCUUCUGCAGGAGAACGAUUUUAUCUUCAGCUACUUCUUACAUCUAUUCGUGGUCCAACUUCUUUUAAACAUUUGAGAACCAUUAAUAAUAUCGUUCAUCCAACCUUCAAAAGUGCGUGUAUAGCUUUAGGGCUACUAGAAAAUGAUCAAGAGUGGUUUCAAUGUCUCGAAGAAGCCGCUAUCCUGCAUACUAGAUCCCAAUUAAGAGUUCUUUUCGCCAUCAUACUUAUUCAAUUUUUUGACUUUGGACUCUUUCUCCUGGAUAAAAUCCUUCGCCAAUCUAAUCAAUCACUUGAUAUGUUUCCACCAAUGCCUCUCUGGAGACAGAACUGGGGGCACCACAAUAGAUCCCAUAUUAUCGCAGAACAAUUAGCAUGGGAUUAUCAAAAACUUCAAGAUAUCAUUAAUGAAUGUGUUCCGCUAUUAAAUCCUGAACAAGCAGCUGCUUACCACAUCAUAGUUGACUCAGUAAUUAAACAAGAUGGCCAAUUAUUCUUCCUCAAUGGUCAUGCUGGAACUGGCAAAACUUUC